CCUCCCGACCAGCCGCUCGCCCAGACCUCGCCGCCCGUCCCGCCUGCUCGCCCAGUCGGCAGACCGCGAAGUUUUGGAAAGAUGCUGCCAAGUAAGAGGGGUGCUGAUGAUCUUACAAGAUUCUCAGCUGACAAUAAAAGAACUUGCAGUGGACAAGAGGCAACUGAUUUUUUAGAUAUCUGGAGGGAUCUGGGUGUGGAAGUUGCAUCAAAGGUGUCUAGAAGUGUUGUCUCAAUUGGUUUGUCCGAUGGGCAAAAUGUGCCAUAUGCAUCCUCUGGCGUAGUUAUAGAAUGCCAGUCUUCCUUCACAAAGUUUGUGACUUCAGCAAGUUUGGUUAGAGCUUUACAUGAUUCUGAAACAAAUGACCAUAGGUUUAAGUACAGCAUGAAGAAGAUGUGGCCAUAG